AUAAUGUCUUAGUUAUUAUUGAGCGUUUGUCAUCGCUGUAUGUUCGUUGUUUAAUAAGUAUUGAUUAUUGCCUUAUAGGUUGACUAAGCACCUGCUGUUAAUGAAUUAGUGAAAAAACCCUCAACAAGUGCUUAUAUACAUAAACGAAGUUUAUAAGCAACAUCGCGUAAUAUAAACACCAUGUCUGUUUGUAUGGUGUUGUUUAUUAUUGCUGCCAUUAAUGUCUCGUGGUCCGGUACACCAAUCGCAGCCAUGAACAUUCUAGCUAUAGAGCCGAUCACGGGUAAAAGCCAUUGGAAUUUCAUGAGUGCAAUACUCCGAGCUUUGACGGACAGCGGCCAUCGGGUUACCGCGUUCACUCCACUCCCUGACGGAGAGCGAAUCAACUACACGGAGAUUGACAUAUCGAACGAAUUUCCCGUGUUGGAUGGCGCCAUCGACUCGAAAUUCAUAAUGGAAAACUUUCGAAAAUCCACGGUAAUGAUACCGUUGGUCAUGAACUGGACCCGUUGCAUUUGCGAUGCCAUCAACGGACAUCCAAAAAUGAAAGACAUACUUAUUAAUGGGGCAGGCGAAGAUUCUUCUGGUUACGAUUUAAUUAUCGUCGAACGAGCUGCGUCGGAAUGUGUCACUUACGCGGCUGCCAAACUGGACGUACCGGUCAUAUUUUCGUCGCCAUCGCCGUUGAAAACGACUAUUGAAUACAGCUUGAUAGGAAACGGUCCGAAUCCAGCGACCGUGUCUCACAUAAUGGCCUAUCACUCGGUUCCGAGGACGUUUUUUCAACGGUUUACGAAUUCUCUAUUCUUCGCGUACAGCGCGUUUUUAAAUACACGUAAAGAGUCUGAAAUGAUGACAAACAGUCCCAGUGAAUUCGACCUAGUGGAACCAGUUAAACCGUCUCUCGUGUUUGUCAAUACGCAUUACGUUACCGAGGCGCCAAGACCGUUUCCAYCGAACGUCAUCCAAGUAGGCGGCAUUCAUUUGCAACCUCCCAAAGAUGAUGCUAUACCUGCGGAUGUUUUAGAAUAUAUCGAUAAUUCGCCGCACGGAAUAAUUUACUUUACACUUGGAUCGAUCGUGAAGAUGUCAACGUUGCCGGAACACAUUCAAAACGCGUAUAGAGACGGUUUGUCACAAGUUCCUCAAAGAGUUUUGUGGAAGUACGAAGGCGAAAUGAAAAACAAACCGGCAAAUGUGAUGACACGCAAAUGGUUUCCUCAACGUGAAAUACUUUUGCAUCCCAAAGUUAAGUUAUUCAUCAGUCACGGAGGUAUAUCUGGUGUGUAUGAAGCUAUAGACGCCGGUCUUCCUGUUCUUGGACUUCCGGUGUUCUACGAUCAGCCCAGGAACAUAGAAAAUUUAGUGGACGCGAGCAUGGCAAUUUCUAUGGACUUUUUAUCUGUGACUAAAGACAAAUUGUUCAACGCUAUAAAUGAAUUAAUUAACAAUGAAAAAUACCGAAAAAAUGCCAAAAUCGUUUCUAAUCGUUUCAAAGAUCGGCCCAUGACUCCAGAGAGAUCGGUUGUUUAUUGGACAGAAUAUGUUCAUCGUCAUAAAAGUGCACCUCACAUAAAAUCUUACGCCUUCAAUCUGACGUGGUAUCAAUACUAUCUUUUGGACGUAAUUGCUGUAAUAUUAUUAUUGAUCUCAUUUACUGUUUAUAUCACUUAUAAAAUUCUGAUGUUGAUAAAUAAUAAAUGUUAUGCGAAAGCGGAAGUAAAAACGACGUAUGCAGAAUAUAGCUAGCUAGGUAACUGAUAAAACUGUAAUUAUUAUUAUCUAUAGAAGGGGUUCUCAACCUUUUUAUCAUUGAGUACCAUCAGACACUUAUAUAAUCAAUACGCGUACCACCUACAUUCUUAUAAACCAAACUAAAUAAUAUUGAAUGCAAAUUGUAAUAAAACAUUUUUUUCGCGUACCRCGGGUUGGGAACCUCUAAUCUAUAGGAAUUUUUAUAAACUAUGAUAUAAUUUUAUAUUUUAUGAACCCCCAAAGAAAUUAUCACAAUGUGUACCGUAAAAUAAAUAAAUAAGCUACGAAUAAUAAUUAUAGAUAUUGCAUGUUAUUAAAAUAAAUUAAAACAUGUUUGUUUAACUGCUCAAAUAUAAUGUAAUAAUGAGUCAUUCAAUAGUUAUUCCAAAUUAAUAGUAUUUAUAGAUCAGAUUUUACUCUCAUCAUCAUU